CCUUUAAUGAUGCUAAGCCUUCACUAUUCGGCGCAUUCCAUUUUCACACCGACUCCACAUCCUCUGCUCCCACAGAGCCAGGGCCUCGCCGGCGACUAGUCGGAGAUGGCCUUCCAUCGCCAGAGAACACUCUGCUUCACAACCAUUGCCACCUUAUUCCUCCUGCACCAUAUCGCCGCCGCUUCCUCCUCGCUAGUCCAAGAACAUGACAAGUCGGCGCUCCUCCAACUCAUGAACGGACUCUCCUCCGGCUGCGGCGACGUCCCUGGCUACUGGUCACCGGACUCAGGCGUUCAACACUGCUCCUGGAAGGAGGUGAGAUGCGACAUGCGGUCCCGGGUCGUCGCCAUCUCCCUCCCUUCCCAACCCAGCCGGCGACUCGCCGGGGUGUUGUCACCGGCGGUGGCCUGCCUCACCGACCUCAAAGUACUUUCUCUACCCUCCCGAGGGCUCCGCGGAGAGAUACCUGGUGAGUUAUGGCGGCUGCGGAACCUGGAGGUCCUCAACCUCGCGGGCAACUCCCUCCGCGGCUCCCUUCCGGCCAUCUUCCCCAAGGGGCUGCAGAGUUUGGACCUUUCUGGCAACCAGCUCUCCGGGAGAAUCCCUCCUGGUCUCGGGGACUGCUCGCACCUCCGGCGGCUCCGGAUGUCUUCCAAUUCUCUGGAUGGUUUCAUCCCUCCGCAGAUUGGGAGGCUUGCCGAGUUGCGGGCCUUGGAAUUGUCCGGGAACAGACUAGCCGGUGGCGUUCCGCCGGAGCUCCGGCAUUGCAGUUACCUGGUCAAGAUGGACCUCAGCAGAAAUUUACUCCAUGGGCAAGUGCCUUCCUCCAUUCUCAAGGAGCUCAAGAAGUUGAGGUUUCUGUCAUUAGCUGGGAACAAUUUCAGUGGUGAGAUACCAUCCGGUCUGGGUCAGCUGAGAUCGCUCAGGGUGCUAAAUUUGUCCUCAAAUUCUCUGUCAGGAGUGGUUCCCAUUGAUCUCGUGGCACUGAGAGAUCACACCGUUCUACUCCUUGACAGUGAUCUGCUCCCUGCGAAGGUUUCCGCUCCUAUGCCAUCACCUCAAAUGGCUGAGAUUUCCCAAGUGACAGCUGAUAGUUCAGGGGUAGGUCCACCACCGCACUCUGCUGAAGUAUUUACAGUCAUCCCCCAAUACAAAAGCACCUGGGUACUUACCGAGGCAAACCGAGGCACCCCGCCUGAUGGCAGCGGCAAUGUUGGUCACCUGAAGACCAUGGAGAUUGUUGCAAUAGCUUUGGUGUUAGUCGUCAUUGUUGCGCUUUUAGUUGUGGCCACCAUAUACGUUUUCAAAAGGAGAAGACGAACCCCGAGGCAACCAAGACGCUCUGGCACUGGCACUGGCACUAGCACUGGCACUAGAAGGGAGAGGGAGGUGAAGGUUUUUGAUGGCGUUGACAUUGGAGCUUCCCUAACUUAUGAGGCAAUUGUCCGGGCCACUGGAAAUUUUAACGCAAGCAACUGCAUCGGCUUUGGUGGCUUUGGCGCGACAUAUAAAGCUGAGGUUGCACCUGGGGUUUUGGUGGCAGUAAAGAGGCUUUCUAUUGGGAGGCAACACGGUGCCAAGCAGUUCCAAGCAGAAGUUGAAACCCUUGGGCGGCGUCGCCAUCCUAAUCUUGUCACUCUCAUGGGGUACCAUAUCAGUGACCAAGAGACAUUCCUGAUAUACAACUAUUUGCCAGGUGGAAACUUGGAGAGGUUCAUACAGGAGAGAACUAAGAGGCAAAUUGGUUGGAGGGUGCUCCACAAAAUUGCUCUGGAUAUUGCUCAUGCUCUUGCUUUCAUGCAUGAUGAGUGCUCCCCCUGCAUUCUGCACCGAGAUGUUAAGCCAAGCAACAUAUUGCUCGACAAUGACUUCAAUGCAUAUCUCUCUGAUUUUGGAUUAGCAAAACUUCUUCGCAACUCACAAACUCAUACAACCACAAGUGUUGCUGGUACUUUUGGUUAUGUCGUGCCGGAGUAUGCAAUGACAUGCCGUGUGUCUGAUAAAGCAGAUGUUUAUAGCUAUGGGGUUCUGCUUCUUGAACUGAUCUCGGAUAAGAAAGUGCUGGAUCCAUCGUUCUCUCCAUAUGGAAAUGGUUUCAACAUUAUUAGCUGGGCUAAUAAGCUAAUCCAAAGCGGUAGAGUUUGCGAGUUCUUCGUUGAGGGCUUGUGGAAUAAGGCCCCACAUGAUGACCUGGUUGAGAUUAUGAAGCUGGGGGUCCUGUGCACUGUGGAGUCUCUUUCUUCUAGGCCCAAAAUGAAGCAUGUUGUUCGUCGUCUAAGAGAACUCCGUCCGCCUUCUUACUAGGGAAGAACAAGAAUGGAGUUCACCAGGGCUUGUGGCGCAGUGGUCGGUCGUCUGUUCCGCACAGCAGCGAUUCGAGGACAAGAUGCACAUAUCCUCUGUGUUAUAGGAACACCCUUAGUAUGGUUAGCAGGAUAACAAUAAGACUUCUUUGUGAAGAGGUCUAAACAUGUUUACUCCCCCACCGCCAAACACCGUCUUGAUAUCGGUGGUACCGUUGUGAUCGAAUUUGUUGGUCGUUGAAUGUGCGCCGCAACCAA